GUGGUGGUGUCCCAACACACCAUCCUGCAUCCAACCCUGCCAAGUCUGAAUCAGCUUCUGAUGCUAUGAGCAGUGAAGAAGCCAUCAACCUGAGGGAAACCAGAGUGGCAGCAGCACUGGCCGCAAAGGCUGAACGUCGCCGUCUGGAGGCGGAGAGGAAGAGGAAGGAGAAAGAAGAGGAGAAAGAAGAGCAGAGAAAGAGACAGGAAAAGAAAGAGCAGACGGAACAGAAAAUGAGGCUGGAGCUUGAGGAGGAGCAGAGACAGAGGGCACAGCAGGCCAGGUUCACAUCUUAUACACACUAUAUUAUAGGUUCCCAUCAAAGACAUAAAAGAAGUCAGCAAAAACUCCCAAUCAAUAACGUUGGCCAUUUAAUGGUGCAUUUUUCAGGCUGAGAAAGCUUAAAGAAGAAGAGGAGAGACAGAGAAAGGCUGAGAGAGAGAGGGAAGGACAGAGGAAUGAGCAGGCUGAGAUGGAGACGGAGAGGAGGAGACAAGAAGAAACAAGGAACAAGAAGCUAUAUCUAGAACGACUUCAGAAAGCGAGGCAUGAAGAGGAGAUGAGAAGAACAGUUGAGUUAAAGCUUCAGUAUGAGGAGGAGGAGGCUCGUAAGGAGGAGGAGUAUAGGAGAUUGCAGGAGAUGGAUGAGAGCGAAAGACUGGAGUACUUACGCAGACGGCAGGAGGAAGAAGAAGAGAGGAGGAAGGCGGCAAAGGAGCGAAGACGAGCAGAAGAGGAAGCAGCCAUGUGGGAUGAAGAGUUUAAUAGGCAGAGGGCAGCACUGGAGCAAAAUCUCCAGUUCCACAGAGGACUUUUUGUGGAGACAGAGGGUCUGAAACAGAAGCAGAACAUCUCUCGGCCCUGGGUCUUCUCCUACUUCAGUCGGCUGAGCUUAGCAGACUGUAAGAUGUCUGAGGAGUAAAAUAAAGUUCAUCACACCCAUCUAUUUUGCUGCCAUUUAAAACUCCUCAUUCUUAUAUCACUCUCAGAACUGCACCCCAUCUGAGAGAUGUUCCAGAUGACCAGAUUGAUCUUCUAGCUAUUUCUGUGUUACAGUCCAAAAAUGGAAGCUAAACUGAAUGAAGACAGUAAUCAACUAUAGUUUCCAGGAAUGUAAUUUUUUUUUUUUUUUUUUUUUUUUUUUUUACAAUUCAUGUUCUGAGUGUUUUAAAUGUCACUGGUCACUAUUUGAAGUGUUAACAGGUUAAAAUAAUCUGGUUAUGUUAGCUUAUCUGGAGCUCCUUUUGGGGCUGUUGAGAAUUAUUGUUUCAUUUGAAUGAUAGAAAAGGUCAGGAUAGUAGUAUUGAUGGCUUUCCCUUUGACUCUUGGUUCUUAGGACCUCUUACACCUGGAUCCCGAGGGAUCCAUGAAGCCUAGCCGGGGGUUCAGCAAUUUUCUUAUUUAGCUACAGUGGUGGAAAUCACAAACCACCAUGAAUACAAAUAAUCUCAGCUGGAAUCUAAUGAACAAAAAUUUAUUAUAUGAGUGGAAAGUUCAUACCAUUGGCUCCUAUAAAUAGCCCAAAUAUUACUGCAUACUUCAUUCAAAUGGUUUGUUUAUUAGGAAAAAUAAAUCCUGGGGGGAUUUUAGUUUAUAGCAAACUAUAAACAGUUUGAGAACCCCUGUCAUGGACAACCUAGAUUAUUUAUAAAAAUGUAACAAUUUGUAUGGAAAUAGACAACAACUUGGUCUAAUCUUUUCCGUUUCCCAUUUAGUUGCUGUAAAUUACAGAAUUAAAAAAAAUAAAAAAUAAAAAACAUUUGUUAAAGAAAUUAACUACAUGAUAAACAUACAGCACCAGUUCAGACACACCAAAUAUAAGCCUUAUCUUUCCUAUUUUAUAAUGUCAAUGUAUUCUUUCACACUGUUCAGUAGUACGUUCUCUUACAAAGAAAUAUCUGACCUCCUUUACAGUACUGUAAACGCCAAAUGACAUCUCUAUUAAUGAAAAACCUUUUUUAAUGUAGUGUCUUACCUUUGCACUGAAAGUAUCUCAUCGCUCUCUGUUUUUUUUUUUUGUUUGUUUUGUUUUGUUUUGUUUUUAUUUGUUUUUUUUUUCCAAUAUGCUCAUCUUCACCUUUAAUAAUUUAAUGGAAAUGCUUAAAAUUGCAGGCCUUGCAUACUUCUUUAAUUAUGGAAUACCAACUGGUUAUGGAAUACUAAUCCAACCUUGAACGUUUACUACAAGCAUGGCAGAGCUAGCAUAAAAUGCAGGGUUAACUUUACAAGGUUUGAUCCUGAGCUCCUACCUCCUCAAAACAUGCUAGGAGGUAAGGCCUGUUCACACCGGGAAGUUUUUCCCAGCACAUUCAACCGUUUUUCGACGUUUUUUUUUUUUUUUGUGUGUGUGUGUGUGUGUGUGUGUGUGUAUUCACACGCAGGCGUUAAAUGCGGUCGAGGUGCUGAAUGAAAGUUUAAAUUCACUCCCUGACAGUAGAUGGCGCUUAUUGAAAAGCAGAAACACCCCGGUACACAAGGUGGCGCUGCACAACUUUCCGUUUCUGACACCCGCUCAUCACUGAGAAGAAGAAGAGAACCAGUCUUUACGUCUUGAAGCCGUUCACACACUUUUUGUGAACUCGCUGAAGCUCGUACGCACUUUUGCUAAAUGUAAGAGAUUUGGCUACUGCAACAAAUACUUCUUUAAAGCUAAUCCUUAAAGUUCUCCUUUUACAUAAUUUACUCCUUUAAAAUAAGUAAUGAUUUGAAUUAUAUCAAAGUCAAAGCAACAGCAUUCACAUGCUUAUGGGAAGACCCAAAUUUACUUUGGGAGGGGGUGGGUAUAAGGCAACUAUUGUUGUGCCCAAAAAUAUUGACUAUGAGUAGUUUUUUUGUGGUUAAUAUGAUAAUACAACAAUGCAGUAAUGGAACACUUAGCUAUUUAAAUAAGAGGUCAAGAAUCCUUAUAUGCAUGUACAUGCCAGGUGCAAAAUAAAUACAGUGGAUAUCAAUCAGCGAAUUAUCAUUUGCAGGGAAGAAACAAACAAUGCUAUUUAGUGUAGAAAACAACACUGAAAGAAUUAAAUGGAUCAUUUAGAAUAUAUGCUUGCAUUUCAGUGUCAUCAAAAAAAUAG